UUAAAAACUCUUCCCCCCACCAUCUCUCGUCUCUCUCUCUCUUUGCCCCACUCCGGUCCACCCUCCACACUUGGCCAACUCAAGUGCCCCACUGUACAUUCGUGGUUCAUCCACUGCCAUCUUAGAAUAGGAGACUCAGAGCGGGAAGACAUAGCUGCAGGGCCAAUAUCACAGUAGACUUCGAAGCCAGGUGAGAGGAAAAAAGAAAAAAAAAAAAAAAAUCCAAGAAUGGUCACUUUUGGUCCUUCCAAAGACCAUUCUUAUCCUUCUCUCACCAGGAAGCUCCUUCCAUGGACCUUUUAUGCUAUCAUCCCUUUGGUUUUCGUUCGCUUGUAUUUCUACCCUUGCCCUCUUCCUCACUCCAACCCCAUUCUCAUCUCCUCCUCUCUUCCUCCUUCUACUCUAGAAGAGGAAAGUGCUAAGGAAACUCCAUGUGACUUCACCAGUGGCGACUGGGUCCCUGACAAGUGGGGCCCUUUGUACAAUGGCACAACGUGCAGUACAAUCAAGGAAGGCCAGAAUUGCAUCGCCCAUGGCAGGCCAGAUAUGGGUUACCUAUACUGGAGAUGGAAACCAAAGCACUGCAAUCUUCCAAGGUUUGACCCCAACACAUUUCUUCAACUCUUUAGAAAUAAGCAUUUGGCAUUUGUUGGUGACUCCAUGGCUAGGAACCAAUUGGAGUCGCUUCUUUGCAUGCUAGCCUCUGCCUCUGCCCCUGAGCUUGUUUAUCGAGAUGGUAAGGAUAACAAGUUUCGCAGAUGGCGUUUUGAUUCUCAGAAUAUCACUAUAUCUGUGUAUUGGUCACCUUUUCUUGUAAAAGGUGUGGAAAAAUCAAAUGCUGGUCCAAAUCAUAACAAAUUGUAUUUAGAUCAUGUUGAUGAGAGGUGGGCAGCUGAUAUGAAUGUAUUUGACUUGCUUGUGCUAUCAAUUGGGCAUUGGUUUCUACAUCCAGCAGUGUAUUAUGAGGGUGAUUCUGUUCUGGGUUGCCAUUACUGUCCUGGUCUUAAUUACACUGAAAUUGGAUUUUAUGGUGUCUUGAGGAAGGCCUUAAAGACUACUCUCAAGACAGCAAUCGAGAGGAGAGGGAGAGUCACUAAUGGCAAAGGGAUUGACGUAAUUGUUACUACCUUUUCACCUUCACAUUUUGAAGGUGAAUGGGAUAAGUUCGGUGCCUGUCCAAAAACCGAGCCUUACCAGGAGGGAGAGAAAUCACUUGAAGGAAUGGAUGCAGAGAUGAGAAAAAUUGAGAUUGAAGAAAUUGAAGCUGCAAAGUUGAGUGCUAUACAAUUUGAUAAUCUCAGAUUAGAGGCAUUAGAUGUGACCAAAUUAUCCCUAAUGAGGCCAGAUGGUCAUCCAGGACCGUAUAUGUAUCCAUUUCCAUUUGCUAAUGGUGUAACUGAGCGAGUACAAAAUGAUUGUGUGCAUUGGUGCUUGCCAGGGCCUAUAGAUACCUGGAACGAGAUAUUACUGGAGUUGAUUAAGGGGUGGGAGUAUCAAUCAAUAAAAGAAGAAUGAGUGAUUCCAAUCCAAUGUGUCAACAUAGAGGGUUUGUCUUUGUGCUAAGUUUUCUGAUCGAUUUGGGUGGUGUUUAUUGCUCUUGAAAGAGACAAAAGGAAAGGAUGCUACUAGAGAAGAGAGGUUAAGCGGUAUUAAUUGAUUAGUGAUCAUUUCAGAGUUUUUUUAUUUUUUAUUUUUGGUUUAUGUAAAAUGUACAAUUGAUAUCAUGGAAACAAAUAUCAACAAAUGAUAUCAUGGAAAUCUUGGCCACAUUCCAAACAUUUUGCUAGUUUCCAUUUUGUGUACUUAGGAAAUUUUUUGGAUGUAAGUAUGCAUUUUGCUUAACCCUUCAAAUUUUAUCCCUUUGUUAUCAUUAACCACCCAUUCUUUUAGCA